AUGUAUCCAACCAUCGAGUUAUCCAAUCAUCAAGUCGGUGAAGAUGACGCGACUACCCUUUAUCCAGAAAGUCAUACCACAGUCGAUAGUACUCUUGUCACCCAUUCAAAAUUAUAUCGAUUACUAUUAGCUCGAUUAUCCGAUUCAGGUUAUCUAUCACAAAAAAACGAAAAAUCAACAAGUAUCACUAAUGGAGAUGAUAAGGAUCAACAGCUUCAACAACAAACUGAUGAUUUUGAUAAAACAACAGUCGUCGACGAUGAUAAUCAAGAUGAAAAAGAAGAUCCAUAUCGAUGGCUUAUUCUAUUAGGUGGAUUCCUUGCUCAAGCCAUUAGGAUUAUGCAAGAUUACUAUGACCGACAAGUCUUCAAGGGUUCCGUGGAUUCAACUCAACUUUCGUUUGUGGGUACAAUUGGAUUUAGUUUCUGUGGUCUGAUGGGUCCCAUCAGUCAAAUCAUCACCUCGGCAAUUGGUCCAAGAUGGGUUUUAUUGAUUGGUACUAUUCUUACUUCAGCUGGUUUGAUCUUGGCAAGUUUCUCGGUAGAGGUUUGGCACCUUUACAUGACACAAAGUUUGAUUCAUGGAAUGGGAGCAGCUUUACUUUAUAUUGUUUCCAUGUCCUUAUCUCCACAAUGGUUCAAUAAACGACGGGGUUUUGCAAUGGGUGUCAUGGUGAGUGGAUCCGGUGUUGGUGGUUUGAUCAUGCCUUUUUUGAUGAACGAAUUGAAUGAAAACCUUGGUGGAGCCUGGUGUUAUCGAGUACUUGGUAUUAUAUCUUUCGCCAUUAGUCUUAUCUCUACAGUACUACUCAAGGAAAAAAAGGAAUCAUCACUCAAUAACAAAGCUGAAUUGGAAUCGGUCAAGAAAUCUAUUCGAUGGAGUGAUGUGGUUGAUUUCAGUAUUUGUAAAGACUCCAAGUUCGUUAUCUGGUGUGUGGCUGGUAAUUUGAGCAUGAUGGCUUAUUUUAUCCCUGCAUUUUUUCUUCCAUCUCAUGCAACCAAAUUGGGAUUAACUCCUUCUCAAGGUUCACUACUUGUCGCUGUCUUUUCUGCAGUCAAUGUGAUUGGUCGAGUCAUUUACUUGGGUGAUCAUCUUGGUGUGGUCAAUAUCGAUAUUAUAUUCCUAUUUGUAUGUGGAAUGAGUUCAUUGUUUAUUUGGUCUUUUGCGGCUUCCUAUGCAGCAUUGAUGAUAUUUAUUGUUACCUACGGAUUUAUGAGCGGUGCUGUAUUCUCGUUAUUGGCCCCUAUCACUGCAGCUAUUACUGGAAUGGAAAGAUAUCCAUCAGGGAUUUCUUUAUACCUUUUUUUUAUGACGGCUGCAAGAUUAGGUCCUUCAAUGGCGGGUGCUAUUCAAACAGCUACCGAUAAGAAUUCAUUCUUUGCUCAACAACUAUUUACUGGUCUUGCCUUUGUUCUUUCUGCAGCUGUCACUGUGUCUUUGAAAUUCAAGCUCAAGCGUGGUGUAUUUGUAAAGAUAUGA